AUGGGUCGGAUCCGACCCGUAAUUGCUAGAACUGCAUUUCACACUUCACAUAUCAGAUACAAGUCCCAAGAACCUCACAUCAAUAUCGCCCCUGUUGCAUGUAGUGGAUUUCAUGGUGUAUUACGGUUUCGUUACUCGAUUCGGAUCCAAAUUUUACGCCGAGGAACCUUGAUAUGCCCCAUGAUGCAGGGCUCCGAUAUAUUACAUACAACAAUGUCUGUCCAAGCCGUGGCGAACCAGACUGGAAUUUUCAACAAUACCCAAAACCAGAUUUCUGUCCGCAUCACCAACGACAAUGAGAAUGGCACGGGGACUACUGGAUUCAAAAGAUAUCGAGCCUGGGAAGUAUGA